AUGAAGCUCACCGCCGCCUUCGCCCUCGUCCUCGGCGCCGCCGCCGCCCCGGCCGCCCCCCUGGUGGUGGCGCCGCGGCAGACGGCGGAGCUGGUGGCGCCGCGGCAGACGGCGGAGCUGGUGGCGCUGACGGACCGCUACUCGUUCGAGCUAACGCUGCCCGCCUUCUCGGCCCGGCACGCGGCCCGGGACCCGCCGACGCUGGACUGGACGACCGACGGCUGCUCGUCGUCGCCCGACAACCCACUCGGCUUCCCGUUCCUGCCGGGCUGCCACCGCCACGACUUUGGCUACCGCAACUUCAAGAUCCAGACGCGCUUCACCGAGAGCAAUCGGUUGCGGCUCGACAACAAGCUUAGGGUGGACCUCAAAUACCAGUGCCAAUCCGUCAACGACAUCGUUAGGUCGCUCUGCAACUCGCUGGCCGACGUCUACUACGCCGCCGUCAGGGCCUUUGGCGGCGGCGGCACGCAGGGCAUCCUGGAGGCGGACCCUGUGCUGGUCAGGGAGUACGAGGCCAAGCUGGCGGCCCACAACGCCCUGAUGGAGGAGGCGAGGCAACAGGGCAUCAUUCCGGCGUGAGGGGUGUGUGUUCUUUUUUUUCAGAUGUAUAUCUUGCACAACAUGAAAAGCGUUCCAAGUUCACUGUCAUGCAUGAGGCUCUGUGUCGCUGCGACGGUCCCGGGCACGGGGCUGACACGCCUUAUCAGCCCUACGGCAGCCUGUGGCGAAUUGCCCAAUAUUGAUGCGAUAAAGAGUCCAAGGUAAAGCCCGGACGAAUGUUACUACCCAAAAGAGCCGUGUUAUUGUCAGACCACCGCGCAUAACUUGUUGGCCGAUACAAUGCCCCCAACAGCAGCCCAAACAGGGUGCCUGGUAGCUAG